AUGGAAAAUCAACGAGAAAUCCAACCGGAUGUUUCCAUCGAAUGUGGUGAAUUUAAUAGUCGUACAACAUCAACUUUUCUAACUAGAAUUGCUUCGUUUCUUGGAUUAAAACCAAAAGCUAAAUUGCCAAUUAAACGUGUUUUAAUCAAUUUUGCUCUGAUUUUUAUUUUUGGUGCUUUAAUUGAGGCAUUCCUUCACAUUCUUGGGCCUUUCACUCGUGGAUUUUUUUGUGAUGAUAAUUCUAUUCGUUUGCCUUAUAAAACUGGAACAAUUCCUCUUUGGAUGUUAAUUCUUUAUUGUUUAUUGGUGACUAACUUGACAGUAAGGUUUUUUUUCCUUUUUUCUGGGCCCAUCCAUUCCGCGAUUUCUUUUCUACAUCGGACCAUAUUAGGUCAUCUAGGGUUCGAAAAUCUUAUUGCUAGACGAAAUUAUGGCGGUGUGGACUGUUAUAGGCAUGGAAUGGUUAUAGGGAAUGGAGGAGACGUCAAUUUACUGGAGACGUCUUGUAAUGCAAAAACAUUGAAAUGCCAAACCCCCCACAAACCAUUGAAAUGCCAAAUAAUAGAAUUACUAUAUUUAGUUUAUUAUUGGCGAAUAUUGGCGUUUAGUUGA